GUUACUCUGUCCAAACCCUUGCUAUAAAUACGGAUCCAUCAAUCCAUCCUUUCACACACCCUGCUACUCAUCGUCGAUUUAUUGUGUUCUCAGAAGAUAUCUUUCAAGUGUUUCUCUUUGAUCAUGGCCGAAAUUGAUGUUCCUGUUCCUCAAUCGGAGGUGAAGGUUGAGAGCGAACAGGAGAGGUUGAAGUACCUAGAAUUCGUGCAAGUGGCAGUAUUGCAUACCGUUGUAUAUGCGUCAAGGGUUUAUGGUUAUGCCAAGGACAACUCUGGUCCGCUAAAGCCUAGUGUGGAAACAUUAGAGGGCACUCUUAAGACCGUUGUUGGUCCUGCAUAUGAUAAACUCCAUGAUGUUCCUGUUGAGGUCCUCAAGUUUGUUGAUCAGAAGGUUGAGGAGUCUGUGUCGAAAUUGGACAACCGAGUCCAACCUAUACUGAAGCAGGUAUCCACCAAAACAAAAAGCCUAUCUACUGUGGCUAAUGAGGUCAAGAAUAGUAGCAUGGUCGAUACAGCUUCUGGGCUUGCGAAAACUGCAUACACCAAGCUGGAGCCAACGGCCAAAGGACUGUACACCAAGUAUGAGCCAGUCGCUGAAAUAUAUGCUGCUUCGGCUUGGGGCUCACUUAACCAGCUUCCACUCUUUGCGAAGGUGGCUAAAGUGGUUGUACCGACAGCAGCUUAUUGUUCCGACAAGUACAACCAAACAGUGCAGCAAACAGCAGAGAAAGGAUACAAGGUUUCUUCAUAUCUACCAUUGGUGCCUACUGAGAAGAUUGCCAGGGUAUUUAGCCCUUCUGAGCCAUUGAUCCCCAGUGGAGGGGAAGAAGUUGUGGCAGUGAACUGAUUCCUUUGGAUGCUUUUAUAUGAAGCAUAAAUGAUAUGGUUUUUGAAUUUGUUACUAUAUACAUGUGUUCUUAGGUCGAGUUUGGUUGUAGGAUUUGAAGAGAUUUGGAACUCAAUUCCAUUUCAAUCCCAUGUUUGGUUCGAAUGAUUGCUUAGAUUUAAAUCCUACAAACAUGAGAGUUGGAAAUCCUAUGGAGGUUGUCGGGGUUUCGUAUGAUUUAUGUGUAAUGAUGUUUUAAAAUAUG